UGCGCAUGCGCCGUUUCUAUGGUUACACCAAAGAAAAACACAUCGUAAACACCUGUUUGGAGACUCUUACUAUCUUGUCACGUUUACCCGUUGCAUUAGGUUCGAGAUCAAGUAAAAUACUGGACGCUACAAGGAAUGUCGCAGGAAUGUGGUGAAUUUUACGUCGCUGUAACCGGGGCAAUUGAGUACGCAGAAUUUUACGAUAUCGACAACGUUUACUGCAAGCAUGGCUACCAUUUUGGUCCUGAGUGGAGCCUCGUUACGGGAAUCGAAGAGGGUCUUACUCAGAUGUGUAAAAAAGGUGGCGUGACACGAGAACGUGCAGUUUGGAAUUUUCCAUUAAGCGUCACGUUUAAGAGCUCAAGUCCACAUGGCUGGCCGCAAUUAAUACUUUCAAUUUACGGUCUUGACUUUUUUGGACAUGACGUUAUUAGAGGAUACGGCGUCUGCCAUUUACCUUUAAGUACAGGACGUCAUAAGAAAACGAUUUCAAUAUAUGUACCAGAGUCGUCUUCGGUAAUGCAACAGUUUUCAGCCUGGUUGACUGGAAGAAGACCGGAACUGAUAGAUCCAACGAUCUUAGCAACCGGAAAUGGCCGAGAGUGUAAGAACAGCAUUUUUAUUUGCCUUAAAAGUACCAUUAGAACUAAGAUUAAGGAAUUUUUUGUUACAGUAACGCGAAUGAAAGUUCAAGGAACAGUCACGGCAACGUUUAACGUUAUUACCAAGGAUUUUUUUAAGCUUGGAUAUGAAAAUGGGGAGAAAAGAUCAAAAUGAAAUGAAAUACUUUACAUCCUAAGAAUAAAUUAUAUUUUUGCCCAAA